AUGACAGCUACCUCACAGUUUUGGGCCCAAGAGAGCUUUGGAAAGGUGGCUCCGCACCAUGCUUCCAUCAGAGCCUUGUGGGAAGGCAAAUGGAGAGCUCCAUGUGCUAUGGGAAUAUACCCCUUUCCUGACGGCGACAUCAGGGAUUUUGACAAGGUUUUUAAGACCCUUAUUGAGAUGAAUAUGACAGAGCCAUAUGACCCAGAUACCUACGCUUCGGCUUUUUUUCCUGUCGCUGAGGAGCUUGAAACUGCGGCAGCCAAAGCCGAUGCCAAUAAAGAAACGGCAUUGGCUUCUAACCUCUACUUGUUCGAUGAGUCUAUGUGUCAAUAUCAUUUGCAUCGAGCUAACGCGGCGUAUUCCAAGGGCGGGAAAUACCUUACGCCACCAAACUUGGAAGUUUUUAUUCCUCAUUCCUACGCUUCUGCGCCCGACGGGGACGGAAACACUAUCCAAGCUUAUGUGCGAAUUCCAGAGCAUGCAUCGAAAUCAUCACCUGUCCCUGUGGUGCCCUUUGUUUGUGGACUUGAUGCCUAUCGUACGGAUUUUACAAGCCGAAUCGAUGAACAUAUUCGUCGAGGAUUUGCCUGUGUGAGUGUUGAGAUCCCGGGAACUGGGGACUCGCCUGCUUCAAAAGAGGACCCUCUCAGUCCUGACAGUCAGUGGUCAAGUGUUUUGGACUGGAUCGAGUCGCAGGAGGUAUUUGACUCGAAGAAGAUCUGUGCUCGGUCCAUGAGCACUGGAGGGUACUACGGCAUGCGUAUGGCCCAUACUCACGCGGAUCGCUUGUUGGCGGUCGUUAGUCAAGGCGGGGGGUGCCAUCGAAUGUUUGACAAAGAGUGGAUCAAGGCCCAGGAUAGGAUGGAGUACCCAUAUGCUCUCGCGGAAGCUCUGGCGUACAAGUUCGGAUACGACUCAGUCGAGGCAUAUAGUGAAAAUGCUCAAUCGCGAUUCUCGCUUCUACAGUGCGGUAUUUUUGACAAUCCAUGCUGUCGAUUGUUGUUAAUCAGUGGCACGAAAGAUGAGAUUUUUCCUAUCGAAGACUCGAUGAUUCCAUUCCAGCACGGGAGAGUCAAAGAUGUCAGUUUCAUCCAAGGCGCAUAUCAUAUCGGUAAUCCAGGUGCUGAAAGUUAUGUGUACGACUGGUUUGACCAGUUUAAGUAG